CUUUUUAGAUGUCGGUUGUCAAUGGAAAAACUAAGCAGCUUCUCAGUGAUGUGUUCUUCAUUAGAAAGCUGCAGACAGUUCAUGUUUUCUUUACUAAGUGCCAUAACUUCACCAGUUCUCUUAAAGGUGAGCACAUUGAUGCAGCAAGUAACCAAUCAAAUGCUGCUAGGUAUCUAGUAAGUGAGGAUCAUCUUAUCAAAUCCGUAAAGAAAUUUGUUGCAGAGUUUGUUAGAAAGCAG